AGCAGGCGUGGCCUGGAGCGCACAGCACGGCGCGGUCAGCUGGAGGGGCGGUGACGUGAAUGAAGUUGGAGUAAAGUAGCUGCUCAGUGAAGUUGCUCCACAGGCACGCUGCGCCAGACUUGGGCACGAGAGGGCAGAUCCGGCAAGGCGAUCCCCGCGAGGGCAAAGACACGGCGUUGGAGAAAAAGGAUGAUCCGCGCGCUUGAAGCGCAGGUACCAUGUAGCUGAAGUGAUCGCGCUGGAUUUAUUUUAUACUUGAGGACGAACGAACACGAUUGCGAUGAAGGCGUGGAGUAGCGAUGGGACAGACUUGCUCUCGCCGCUUUUGACGUACUUGGUAGCGAUGUUGCUGCUCUGCCGGACAACCAGUUCUCAGUAUUCCAGUGACCAGUGCAGCUGGAAAGGAAGCGGCCUGACGCACGAGGCCCACGCGCGGGACGUGGAGCAGGUGUACCUGCGCUGCUCCCAGGGCUCCCUGGAGUGGCUGUACCCCACGGGCGCCAUCAUCGUCAACCUGCGCCCCAACACGGCGUCCCCGGCCGCCCGGCGCCUGACCGUGUGCAUCAAGCCCGCGGUCGGGUCGCGCGGCUCCAACGUCUACCUGGACAGAGCCAGCCGGCUCCGGCUGCUGCUCACCGAGGCCCAGCAGGCCCUGGGCCAGGUGCACUGCUUCGGCAUCCAGGAGGGGGCGCUGUUCAUCGAGGCCAUCCCCUACCGCGACAUCAGCCGAAAGAUCACUGCCUUCCAGUACGAGCUGGUCAGUGCCCAGCAAGGUCCAUCCACAGGCCCCCCCUGCCAGCCCUGCAGUGAUGAGGAGGUCCUCAUGGCUGUCUGCACCAGCGAUUUCGUGGCCAGAGGCAGUGUCCGGGGGGCGGAGGAGGGGGCGGGGCAGUCGUCCGUUGCCGUGACGCUGAGCUGGCUGUACAGGGAGAAGAGCCGCGUGUUUGCGGCGGGCGGCGGCCGGGCGCGGCGCUGGACCGGGCAGGUGAAGACGCCUCCGCGGUGCGGGGCGAAUUUCGCGCGGGGCCACGCCGAGGGCGAGGAGUUCCUCCUGACCGGGACGAUACGUUUCGGGGAGGCGUGGCUGGGGUGCGCCCCGCGCUACGCGGACUUCCUGAAGGUGUACAGGACAGCGCAGGCGCGGGGGACCAACCCGUGCCACAUGGAUAUGGACUGAGUCCGGGCCUCCCAGGCGGGGCCGAAAAUGAGGCAGAGCACCAGGUGCUGGCCUGUGGAGGGCAGAGCACCAGGUGCUGGCCUGUGGAGGGCAGAGCCCAACCCUUCGGACAGAGGACUCACUGGCUACUCUCUCUUUCACGCACACAUUCUGAAGCUGCCGUCCGCACACCCUGGACUCUUAAUGCUGCUGUUCCUUUGGAGAGGAGCAGUGUGCGAGUGUGUGUGUGCCUUAGAGAGUGUGAGGUGGAAAUAGGGCGAGACUGAGAGAGAGCAAGACGGAGAUAGAGAGAGAGAGAGAGAGGGAGGGAGAGAGAGAGAGAGAGAGGGAGGGAGAGAGAGAGAGAGAGAGAGAGGGAGGGAGAGAGAGAGAGAGAGAGAUGGAGACAGCUAGAUGGGGAGUGAGCAGGCAUGUAUCUGACAGCUUGUGUGUGUGUGUGUGUGUGUGUGUGUGUGUCCUGCAGCACUGCGAAUGAGCAGUAUGUAUGUAAUGUGAGUAGUGUGUUGAGAUGUGUGUUCUGUGUGUGAGUAGCGUGUUGAGGUGUGUGUUCUGUGUGUGAGUAGUGUGUUGUGGUGUGUGUUCUGUGUGUGAGUAGCGUGUUGAGGUGUGUGUUCUGUUUGUGAGUAGCGUGUUGAGGUGUGUGUUCUGUGUGUGAGUAGUGUGUUGAGGUGUGUGUUCUGUGUGUGAGAAGUGUGUUGAGGUGUGUGUUCUGUUUGUGAGUAGUGUGUAUGUAGUCUGCAGACUGUAACAGAAAGUCCCAAGUGCUUUGUAAAGAGCUUGAUGUACAGUUUUGAAAAUGUUUCUUAUGACAGAAAUGUAUAAAGCAGAAACCUUCUAUUUUA